AUGGUUUUGUGUGGCUCCUCUGCUUGUUUUGCGGAUGACUUGAUUUUUAGCUUUCAGCGAUGCCGCGUUGGGGAGCAGCGCGAGUGUUUUUUAUUUUUUAUUUUGAGUUCUUCCACGCCACAACCCUCCACAGCAACUGAUGGUAAUAAUGACACCCUCCAAUGCAGAAGGGAUUCGGGUGGUUGCGGGGCGCACCGAGCCAAACUGCGAUCCCCCAUUAUGCGACCUUCGCUUUUUAGGAGUUGUAGCCAUAUGGCCUCAUCCGGAGGCAUAUUUUAUAAUUUUUUAUUUUUUGGUUUCAUGACAUUUUCCGUGAGUCUUUUGGUCGGUUCCUUGCGGCGGUGGGGGCGGUGGGGUCGAUUGCCUUUUCGGGUGCUGGGAAUUACUGUUUUCGUUGGGAUUGGGCAUGCAGCCGUGGCGCGGCGAGGGCGCAUUUCACGGAGUGGUGAAGACGUCCCCUCGGUGGCAUAG